GACCUGUUAUGGGACAGCCUUGGUAGCCAAUUAAGGGCCCUGGUCAGGGGCUUCUUCCUGAGAAGGCAACCGGAACUUGUGCUUCCGCUGCGCCGAGGAAAAGUCGCUACCGGAAAAGCAAGCGCCGAGGUGAGCGGGCGGCCGCGCUUGGCGACCGCAGCCUGAGCUUCUCUCUCCGCCCCCGCGGCUGCGACUCUCCGGGCGCGGUGCAGCCUGGGAAACCCGGGCUCGCCUUCCCCGCCGCGUCGCUCGGCGGAGCCUGCCGGAGGCCGAAGGUUCCUGAUUGUCUACGAUGGGUGAACCACAGCAAGUGAGCGCACUUCCCCCACCUCCAAUGCAGUACAUCAAGGAAUAUACAGAUGAAAAUAUUCAAGAAGGCUUAGCUCCCAAGCCUCCCCCUCCAAUUAAAGACAGUUACAUGAUGUUUGGCAACCAGUUCCAAUGUGAUGAUCUUAUCAUUCGCCCUUUGGAAAGUCAGGGCAUUGAACGGCUUCAUCCUAUGCAAUUUGAUCACAAGAAAGAACUGAGAAAACUCAAUAUGUCUAUACUGAUUAAUUUCUUGGACCUUUUAGAUAUCUUAAUAAGGAGCCCUGGGAGUAUAAAACGAGAAGAGAAGUUGGAAGAUCUUAAGCUGCUUUUCGUGCAUGUGCAUCAUCUUAUAAAUGAAUAUCGACCCCACCAAGCAAGAGAGACCUUGAGAGUCAUGAUGGAGGUCCAGAAACGUCAACGUCUUGAAACAGCCGAGAGGUUUCAGAAACACCUGGAACGAGUAAUUGAAAUGAUUCAGAAUUGCUUGGCUUCUUUGCCUGAUGAUUUGCCCCAUUUGGAAGCAGGGAUGAGAGUUAAAACUGAGCCAAUGGACACUGAUGAUAACAGCAAUUGUACUGGACAGAAUGAACAACAAAGAGAAAACUCAGGUCACAGGAGGGACCAGAUUAUAGAAAAAGAUGCUGCCUUAUGUGUCCUAGUUGAUGAAAUGAAUGAAAGACCGUGAAGAGUAUUUCUUUUUUUCUUUUAGUGAGUAGCAUCUUUUAUUAGUUUAUUUUCUCUUGGGCAGUCUUAAGAGGUAUAAGUAAAAAUAUAAAGGGACUUUUUUUCAAUUGAAAUGCUGUACGUGGUAAUUUAACAGUAAGCAUAGGUAAGAAAGUAUAUUUGAGUAAUGACCCUAAAAAAGCAGAAUGUUUGCUAUUGUGUGGGAUAGUCCUAUUUUUGGAGUUGGAAUAAAGAUUUGAAGUAAUAUCAAACUCA